ACACACAGUUACCAUAACCAAAGCAAAUUACAACAUAGCAGCAACUCAAGCCUUCUACAAAAGCUACUUACGCUCUCUAACCGCGACCGCUUUCCAACAACAACCUUUCGGCAACUUUGCGAAUUUGACUAGCAGUCAUGGCCCUCACCCUGUUCAACGACCCCUUCAUGACUGAGAUGGACCGCGCCAUGAACCGCAUGCUGAGCUCCUUCGGCAUGCCCGUAACUCGCGGCCCGACAACGACGACCGGCGGGAUGGGCGGCAUGGACCUUUGGCGCCCCUUCACCACCACGGCGGGCACCACCACCACCAUGCCCAUGGACAUCAUCGAGACCCCGAACGCCUUUGAGCUGCACGCUGACACUCCCGGCAUGACGCCAGAGGACGUCAAGGUGGAGUUGCACGAGGGUGUCCUCACCGUCAGCGGCAACCGCAAGAUCCAGCGCGAGGAGAAGGACCCGCAGGGCAAGGUGUGGCGCAGCGAGCGCUCCGCCUACUCCUUCGCGCGCUCCUUCACGCUGCCUGACAACGUCGACAGCGACAACAUCUGCGCCUCCAUGGACAAGGGCGUGCUCAAGGUGUGCGUGCCCAAGAAGGAGGCGGAGACCAAGGCCGAGCCCAAGCGCAUCACGGUCAUGGGAGGUGGAGGUGCGCCCACCACCAUGGGCGGCACUAUCAUGGGAGGCACCACCACCUGUGCCAUGGGCGGCGGCGAGACCACCGGCACCACCACCACCGGCACCGCGACCGGCACCACGGCUUAAGCGUGAGGAGGAGGCGAGUUAGGGUUGUGAUGGAGGAUGAGGUGGGAUGGGUGAGGUGGAUGGGUAGGCGCUGAGUUGGAGGUGGUGGUGAUGAAAGGGCAGGGAUUGGUGGUGGUUUGAAGCCUCCACGGCAGCUCCCGUACGGCAGGGUGUACCUGCGGUGUUAGCAGGCUGCAUUCGCAACUUAUCAAUACUCCGCUCAACACACCUUUUUACUAUUUUUUCCAUUUUUGCUUUCUUCCAUAAGCAUGCGGGUAGGCGGGCGGCGGGUGGGAUGAGGUGUUUGGGUGGAUGAAGGCGGUGUGGAGGCGAAUGGAGGUGACACCGCGCCGCCGUACAGCGUCCCCGCAUGAGCAGGUUUAGGUGUAGGUGUUGUAGCAGCUGCAGCAGGUCGAGGAGGGGCUGUGGAUGGCGUGGAGGAGCGCUAGGCAGAGGCAGGGUAUAUGUGGCGGCUAUAAGACAUAGGCGGGGUACGGCGGGACAGUGGUUGUGGUUGUACGGUACAAUGCUACUCAAAACGGAAUGGCGGGAGGUGCAUGCAUGCAUAUGAUAUUACAACAAACCGCUAGGUGUUGAUUUGCGUGUUGCGUCUGCUGUACGUGUGUUGACGAAUUGGUCUUAACAAUAGUUGUCGCUGAAAGCAAAACAAGCCCAUCUGGCGUUUGCUGCUACAUUCAUCCUAUGUGUGUUGUUGUUGGGCCUGACAGCCAUGCCUGCCGGCUGAGAGGAAAUAUGUUCAAGAGGUCGACGGAUAGCACCGGUAGGGGCGGUCUGUUGUGUCGUCAUUGUCAACAGUUGUUGUCUGAAACUUUGGACUGGCCUUGUUGUUGUUCGCCGUACCGGUCGGUGGUCUUGCUUGCCGUACUGAAAUACCGGUUGGCGCCAAGACGUUGAGGAGC